AUGCAUCAAUCGGAUCAGAGAGAGAGGAAAGCCGUGAAAUCGGGUGGUGAUGGAAUCACUGUAAGUUCCGAACAACAACAACGUUUGUGUUCUGUCUUGCUUCCAUUCUCCUAUGUCGGAUUUGUAAGUACCAGAGUUCAUAUAUCAAGUCAACUCAUGAUUGUUCAAAUGGGUCAACAAGUUUUCUCCUUGAUUCAUCUUGAAAGAAAGAAACUCUUAUGCCUUAUUAUAAUCAUUACCUUUGCACUCGUUCUAGCAUUCCAAUAUUUUGAGCUUCCUUAUGGUACUAACAUUCUAGCACAACCCUCUAAAUUCUCUAGUGAAAAAACAUCAACAUUAUCAAAUACUAGUAUAAUUCAUCAUCAACCUGCCGAUUCACCUUCUGCAUCUGAAAUAUUUGACAAUGUUACCCUGAAUCAAACAUAUUCACAACAUCCUUUUGAGAAAGUUAAUGAAACUAGGCUGUAUGAGAAAAAUGACACUGUGUCAAGACCUGUUGUUAUAGGUGUGAAUUUGACAAGAGAGUUCAAUAAUUCUCCUUCUCCUAGUCCUGCUCCUGCGAUUGUGCCAACAUAUUUAACUCCUAACCCUGCAAUUGCGCCAACUAAAAUGCUAUCAAAUGAUUCUGAAAUUGCUGAUUCUAUGAAUGAUGAGAGGUUCAAGCCAUUACAAGAUGAUGUUGUCAAUGUAAUUACCAGCAACCAGUCUUCUAUCACAAGUUUUCCUGUAAAAGUUCUAGAGACGAUGUCGAUUUCCGAAAUGGACAAGUUAUUGCUUCAAAACUAUGCUUCGUAUCGAUCCAUGAGGCCAAGAUGGUCUUCAGAGGUUGAUCAAGAGCUACUACAAGCUAGAUUCGAGAUUGAAAAUGCACCCGUUGUAACUGAUCUUGGAAACCUUUAUGCUCCCCUUUUCCGCAAUGUUUCCAUGUUUAAGAGGAGCUAUGAAUUGAUGGAAAAGACUCUCAAAGUGUAUGUAUACAGAGAAGGGUCUAAGCCGAUAAUGCAUUCGCCAUAUCUGUUGGGAAUUUAUGCUUCUGAGGGGUGGUUCAUGAGGCUGAUGGAAGCUAAUAAAGCAUUUCUUACUAAAGACGCGAAGAAGGCACACCUGUUUUACUUGCCUUUCAGUUCUCGAAUGCUUGAGGAAACAUUGUACGAUCAGAACUCACAUAGUCACAGGAAUCUAAGGCAGUAUCUGAAUAACUAUGUAGACACGAUUGCUGGAAAGCAUCGGUUCUGGAACAGAACGGGUGGUGCUGAUCAUUUUCUUGUUGCUUGCCAUGAUUGGGCACCUUCAGAAACAAAGCAGCGUAUGGCAAAGUGCAUAAGAUCUCUAUGCAAUGCCGAUGUCAAAGAAGGUUUCAUGUUAGGGAAAGACGUGUCACUUCCCGAAACAUACGUCCGCAAUGCUCAGAAUCCGACCAGAGACCUUGGUGGAAAACCACUUUCAAGGAGAAAAACUCUCGCCUUUUUCGCAGGCGGUAUGCACGGUUACGUCCGUCCGGUUCUUCUACAGCACUGGGAAAACAAAGAUCCUGACAUGAAAAUCUUCGGUAUGAUGCCAAAGUCAAAAGGAAACAGAAACUACAUCCAGUACAUGAAAAGUAGCAGGUAUUGUAUUUGUCCAAAGGGUUAUGAAGUUAACAGUCCAAGAGUUGUCGAGGCUAUUGUCUACGAAUGUGUUCCGGUUAUUAUAUCGGACAAUUUCGUGCCGCCUUUUUUCGAGGUUUUGAAUUGGGAAUCAUUUGCUGUAUUUGUUUUGGAGAAGGACAUUCCAAAUUUGAAGAGUAUUCUUGUUUCCAUUCCAAAAAAGAGGUAUCUUCAAAUGCAGUUGAGAGUGAAGAAAGUGCAACAGCAUUUUCUUUGGCAUAGGAGUCCUGUUAAGUAUGAUAUAUUUCAUAUGAUACUUCAUUCCGUUUGGUACAAUAGAGUCUUCACUGCAAGAAUUAGAUAA